UCUCUCGCUGGCUGUCUCUGUCUAAUAAAUAAAUAAAAAUCUUUAAAAAAAAAAUUAACAGAGCCUAGUUCUCCAACCCAUUAAUGUAAUGUACAAUUAUCAUGUCAUUUAAAAAAAAAAGAAAAGAAAAAGGGAGUUUUUUUAAUGUCUCUAAGCCAGUUAUGGUUAUGUUCAUGUAUAAAUUGCCUGAAGCUAGCUUUUCUUGGAUUUAGUGGGAAAUAAGAUGGUUUAUAUAAUUAUCUCUAUCACCAUGUGUGUUUAUGUACAACUCUACAGUAAGAAUCAGAGAAGUGUUUGUAUAUAUAUUGUUUUAGCAAAUGCCAGCAUCCUUCCAAAUAGGGUAUCUGCGAGGCCCCAAAUUAUAGAUGCCCCACUUCCUGGUGCAUGGGUCUAGCAUACCUCAGAUUUGUUUAAUCAGAAUAAUGGCACCAACUAAGAAUCCCACAUUAUUAUAGAAAAAGAAAAGACCUGUGUCAAAGUGUCCUGAUAAAAUUAUAAAUGACAAAUCAAGGAAUGUCUAAGACUUAAUUUGGUAGAUAUAUGCAACCAGUCACCUGGGUGGAGGUUAUUAAUAAUCUGGCUUAUAAUUUGAUGUGAAGAUCCUAAUAACAGUUCAGUGCUGUGCAAUAAAACUUUGGUAAGGUAGCUAGAGACUUAAAUACUGGGCUAAAUGGUAUACUAGAAUCAUGCACAUCUUUUACAUCCUUAUAACACGGAAUGGAACUUUUGGGUUCAUGUAUCUUGAAAAUUUUGUGAAGGGAACAACCGUGGAAAGGGGGCUUCUGGGAAAGGUUCCUGGUGUUGGUGAUGACCAUGCUGAGUGGUUCCGAGGGCUCAGCAGUUAGGUAAAGUGGGGUAGGAUCACCAAAGGAGGAAGCAGUAUGUGCCAGGGCCAAGGCAAGGGAGAGCAUGGGAGCUAAGCAAGUGGAACUGAAUUUCAGUUCCAUUGGACUGUGCAUUUCCAAAUGACUGAAGCUGAAAAUGGGGAGCAGGGCUAGGUGUCUUGUCUUAGAAGUUGGACUUAGAUCUGAAUCUCUGGAGAACCACUGGAGUGUUAAGGAUAGGGCCUUAGACCAAUGCUUUUUCCCCAUGUCAUAAUAGCUGGUAUGCAUUUUUGGUUUUGUUAUUCCUUUUUGCUAUAAAUUGAAAUUGCUUAAGCAAGAUUGCAAAGUUAAACAAAGGAACAGAUUUAUCAGGUUGUUACCUAUGUCAGGAAAUUAAGAGGUUUGGGAUUGUUUCAAUUUCCUCUUUGACAUGAAUUUAGUUUGGGCAUUGAGCAGAGUAAUUCACUAAAGUGAAAGAAGUCUCCAAGAGGGUUCUAAGUCAAAGUCUUGAGAUUAAUAAUGGCAGGAAAAUCUUCACUUUUUAAAGUAAUUCUCCUUGGAGAUGGUGGAGUUGGGAAGAGCUCUCUAAUGAACAGAUACGUGACCAAUAAGUUUGAUACCCAGCUCUUCCAUACGAUAGGUGUGGAAUUUCUAAAUAAAGAUUUGGAGGUGGAUGGACAUUUUGUUACCAUGCAGAUUUGGGACACAGCCGGUCAAGAGCGAUUCAGAAGCCUGAGGACGCCCUUUUACAGAGGUUCUGACUGUUGCCUGCUCACUUUCAGUGUUGAUGAUUCUCAGAGCUUCCAGAACUUGAGUAACUGGAAGAAAGAAUUCAUAUAUUAUGCAGAUGUGAAAGAGCCCGAAAGCUUUCCUUUCGUGAUUUUGGGCAACAAGAUUGACAUAACUGAACGUCAGGUGUCUACAGAAGAAGCCCAAGCCUGGUGCAGGGACAACGGCGACUAUCCUUACUUUGAAACAAGUGCAAAAGAUGCCACAAAUGUCGCAGCGGCCUUUGAGGAAGCAGUUCGAAGAGUGCUUGCUACUGAGGAUAGGUCAGAUCACCUGAUUCAAACAGACACAGUCAGUCUGCACCGAAAGCCCAAGCCUAGCUCAUCUUGCUGUUGAUCGUUAGAGAGGUUGCCUGUGCGAUCUAACCAACUUACACACGUACACAAAAAAAACACAGGGUGGAGAAGAGAAUUAGCAUUUGCAGCAGUGGCUCAUCUACUCAUAAAAUUAAACUAACCACAUUGCUGCUUUGUUAGUGGGUGGGAGAAGGGACACAUCCACUCGUGGAAGAAUCAAUUUACUCAGUAGUGGCACCUUACAUUUAUAAAUUGUAAUGGUUGUCUAAUAACGUUUAAUUUAAAUAUGUACGUUACAGAGCUAAUAAAUGAGAUGAUCAGUACUUUAAUUAUAGUUAAAACACUUGAAUAUUCUGGAAGUUAUUGUUUGUUUUUCCUGGGAAAAUGGAGAACUACUUUUUAUAUGUGUAUAUUUUUAUGUAAUUAGCAUUCAGUUCCUGGUUGAGGGAAAAAAAUUCCCUAAAGCAAUAAUGUUAAAUAAUAAAGAUUAAAACCUAAUGCA